AUGGCAACUUCAUCCACCUCAUUGCUGUCAUCACUCGUACCUGCAACCACCCCACCAUUCAACUCUCGAAACAAUCAACUUUUUUUCUUUCAUAAUCGUUCUUUGAAUCGAUCCAAGAAGAGGGUUUCCUUCGUUGUUCAAGCAGCCAAGCCCCCUGCUGGUGUGGAAAUUCCAAAAGUUCAGCCGCAAUUUAAGCCUCCGUUUCUUGGGUUCACUAAGACUGCAGAAGUAUGGAACUCUAGAGCUUGCAUGAUAGGAAUCAUUGGAGUUUUUGUUGUAGAGUUUAUAAUAAACAAGGGAAUACUUCAGGUGAUUGGGGUUGAUGUUGGCAAAGGGCUUAAUCUUCCUCUAUGA